AUGAAAUACACCACUUGCGACAUUGACCCAUUUCAAAAAUGUUCUUCUGAUAACCACUCUUUUGGUCUCCUAAUUACAGCUCGGAGUUUGCUGGAGUUAAGCGUGGGCGUCUUACAAAUUCACUUCCAUUUAAAACUAUUCCCAAAUGUGAACCAAAUGUUUAAAAUCCCCAACACCGAUAAUGUCGAUGUCAUAUCGUCCGGCUGCACUUCUGAUGUUUUUACCAAUUUUAAUGGCACGUCUUUUUCACCUGCCAAGACAAACAUCAAUUUCGAAAAAACUAACACUAAUAAGACUGAAUAUCACAGAAAAAUAAGAUUAGAAAUAAUCGAGAUCGCCACGUCUUGCUUGAUGACACCCGUGGAAAAAGAUAGCGAAUGUAUGACGUCAAUACAGCUGUUGCUUAUAAGUGGAGUUUAUAAUUGGAAGAUUGCAACAAGACACCCAUAG